CCUCGUCUCCAUUUCCCUUCGUUUUCUUUACCGAUCUCUUCCUCUUCUUCUUCUUCUUCUUCACCGCGAUCUUCUUCUUCUGCUGCGUGCCAGUUAAAGCUUGGUGUUUGGGCGAUCUCCAUUCCGAUUGGUUUCGCCUGCUUUGGAUUCGCCGAGAGCUUGUUUUUUGGGCAGUGGAGCGCCACCAGUAGCUCGCUAUCGCGAUGGUUUCGUUCGAAAUGAAUGACCGCAAAAAAAUCGGGCUAGGCUUGACUGGAUUUGGUAUCUUCUUCUCAUUCCUGGGAAUCAUCUUCUUUUUCGACAAGGGACUGCUUGCCAUGGGAAAUAUUCUCUUCAUAUCAGGAGUCUCUUUGACCAUAGGACCAAAGUCGACCAUGCAAUUCUUUAUGAAAAGGCAAAACUUCAAGGGAACAAUCUCAUUUGGUGUCGGCUUCUUCUGUGUCAUCAUAGGAUGGCCCAUUCUUGGGAUGAUUGUGGAAUCAUAUGGUUUUAUUGUUCUUUUCAGUGGUUUCUGGCCAACUCUAGCAGUUUUUCUGCAAAGGAUACCUAUCCUCGGUUGGUUAAUUCAGCAGCCAUACAUUAGAUCGUUCUUUGAUCGUUACCGAGGGAGACGUGUGCCCGUAUAGUUCUGAAUUUGCAGAGCAGGCAAUACUUCUGGUUUUUGUGUCUGCUUUAAGCCCACCCAUGUAACAUAUGGAUUUGUGGAGACAAAUUUUUGCUGCCUCUCUCGUUGGAAAUGGCAAUUGGUAAAAGGUGUCGUGACUCGAGUGAUAUGAAUGAGAAGAGGAAGAAGGAAAGGUUACGUGAUAUUAGUGGGAUCUGUAGUUUCUCUUUCCUUCGUUUGGUGGUGAUGGUUGACCAUCAUUGACUGCAUCCCUUGGGCUUCUUUUCCUAGAUAAAAGUGAACAACAGAUUUGUUGCAAAAGAUGUAAACUACUAACCUUGCAUAGCACUGUCCAAAUACCAAAAUUUAGCUUUGCUCGGUUUUUUCCCCUU